AUCGACUCCCCACUUAACCGCGCGUCACUUUGCGACGUGGUCUUCAACAGUGACUCGACGAAAACGGGAGUGGUCACGUCGCCGGGAUAUCCGAAUCCUUAUCCACCGAGGACACACUGUACAUACGAUUUUCAAGGACGGGGCAAGGAACGGGUCCAAGUGGUGUUUCAGGAUUUGAACUUGUACCACACCUCCAACGGAGCGAACGAGUGCGAAGGCGUGGACUCGUUAGUGGCGUACGUGCACAUAGACAGGAAAAAGGAGAAAAUAGAUUCUUUCUGCGGCGAGAAGCCGUCACGGCCUAUCAUGAGUAACGGACCACGGCUUUCCUUGGAAUUUCACGGCAUCACGUCGUCUCGCCACUCCAGAGGUUUCAAGGCGGUGUACUCUUUCACUGAAAACUUCGGCAUAACGACGGGCCGCCAAGAGGCGACAUAUCCCUGUGCCUUCGUUUACAACAGCAGCGAGACACGGAACGGUACAUUCGCGUCGCCAAAUUAUCCAGGAUUGUAUCCUCGAGACACCGAAUGCCAUUACUUCUUCAAUGGCCAGCCGAACGAACGAGUGCACCUCCAUUUUCAUUUCUUCGAUGUGGAAGGUGUGAUGCCAUGCGAGGCAGUAUCGGCGAGCGAUUUCGUCGAAUUUUCGAACUACAUGUCCAGGGACCGGAAGUACUCCAGGCACUGUGGCCAACAAAAGGAGUUCGAUGUCGAGAGCGAUAGAAAGUUCUUUCGCGUGACAUUUAAAAGCAACGGCAGAUACGACGGUACAGGAUUUAACGCAAGUUACGUAUUCGUAGACGAGGAAGGAAAUUAUACUACAAAACCACCUACAAGCAACGCGUCAACGUUAAAAGGUACAACGUUGGCGACGGCGUUGCUGUUCAUAAGUCCUCUAUUCUUCGGCGGAGUUUCACUUUAAUCACGAUCAGUAACUACUUGUACGAGUCUUGGCUCAAUUUACAACGAACUGUAACUUCGAGGACAGGAGCCAUCCACAAUCCUCCAUUAUUCGACGUACCAAGGAAAGUGGCUAUAUCGUUUGCGUCAAUGAAAUUGCCAAAUGGAUACCAAAGUCGAUCUCCCUGAUGACACUUAACACGUCACGAUUCAUUUAUUGGAUCCGUAUCACCAGCACGACGAUCGUUCUCCAUCAUUUCACUAACACCCUCGUAAACGGAGAAAAGUAUUGGCAAUAAGAUGGAUUCGAAUGAAGCGACGGAUAAUGUUCCGAUAAUGCGAGAGCUCGAAUGGUUACGAGAUUUCGAGAGUGUGUAUGUGAACGAUGCGUCCAUUGUUCAAAUUUAAUCGAAUCUCUUCUUUCUUUAAUAUUCACUGUAUUCAUAAAAGCGUUUCGCUUUUUUAUAUUUACUUCUGCUGUUUUUUUAUAUUUUCUUAAUUUAU